AUGCCAAAAGUGUACAGUCUUAGAGAUCUAGAGCCGGGUCCUCACACUCGCCAGACGCGGCUCUCCAGUUCUCAUCGGCCUCGCCUACAUUUGACCCGACCUUACGCUUUGCAGGCUGUGGCGAAUAUGCAGGUAUUGCUGCAACGGAACGGCACGGCCAUAGAGUGCCCAGAGCGCCUCUGA